CCAACUUUGUAGGCGUUUUGAACUUGUUGGUUGAAGCGGCUUUACAUACUAUGCUUAUAUUGCAAAGCUAUAACGUCUUUGCUUCAGUAGUAAAUUGGACAGUGGAAAGAAAUAACUAUUUGAAUUCAAAAUUUAAAAUGACAUGAUAAAAAUAGCAACGCAGAAAAUCGCAAGGUACUUUUCCUGCGCGAGACGACACACCUGACGGCCUCAGUGGGAUAGCGGUCUGCUAAGUUAGGACUGCCGAGGCUCAGGAUGAGUCCACAGACAAUGAGGAAAGCCCCUGACGGAGGCUGGGGCUGGGUGAUUGUGUGGGCCGCCUUUGUGGGCCAGUUCCUGGCCUACGGCUCACCCCAUUCUAUGGGGGUGCUGUACCCGGAGUGGCUCAGCGCCUUCCAGGAGGGGAAAGGACUCACCGCCUGGAUCGGCUCCGUAGCAUCCGGGGCCGGGCUGAUCGCAAGUCCCAUAUGCAGUGCCUGUGUGGUUAAUUUCGGAGCCAGGCCCGUGACGGUCUUCAGCGGCGUCAUGGUGGCGGGCGGCCUGAUGCUCAGCGCCUUCGCGCCCAACGUCUUGUUCCUCAUCUUCUCCUACGGUGUGGUGGUGGGGCUCGGUUGCGGGCUGGUCUACGCAGCGUCCGUGACCAUCAUCUGCCAGUAUUUCGACAAGAGGCGCGGCCUUGCCCUCGGCAUCUCCAUGACAGGAUCGAGUGUGGGCGGCUUCCUAUACGCCACCACUCAGAACAAACUGAUCGAGCUCUACGGCCUGGAAGGGUGCCUGCUGAUCAUCGGGGCCUUCUCCCUGAACCUGGUGGCGUGCGCCGGGCUGAUGCGGCCCCUGUACCCCCCCGGAUACUACCUCAAGCAGAAGGCAGCGUACGAGCGCUCAGAGGAGCAGGGCUUCCCCGAGCUCGAGAAGCCUUCGGCCUCGCAGGAACCCGUCACCAAAGACCUGCUGAUCGUUGUGGAAGUCCUGGACCUGCCAACGGCCCACGAGAGUAGCCGGGUGACCUGCUCGCUGGCCAGGAAGAAGAGGCAGCGGGCGGACGGUGCGUGCUCCCCAGUCCGCUUCCUGCAGGACCGCGUCUUCGCCGCCCUCUGCGUGGCCAUGUUCGUCUUCACCCUGGGCGCCUUCCCGCCCGUGCUGUUCAUGGAGGACGUGGCCCAGAGCGAGGGGCUGGUGGAGGAGGUGAGCGUCAUCCCGCUGGUGUCCAUCAUGGCCAUCGCCAUGGGGCUGGGGAAGCUGGCGCUGGGCGUCAUGUCCGACCUGCGCUGGGUCAACAGCACGUACCUGUACGCCUUCACCUUGGUGGGCACGGGCGUGGCCCUGCUGCUCAUCCCCCUGUCCAAGAACUACAUCGCUCUCCAGGUCCUCUCGGCGGUGGUGGGCUUCUUCUCGGGGAACUGGUCUAUCACGCCCUACGUCACCACCAAGAUCGUGGGCAUGGAGCAGCUGACUGAGGCCUAUGGAGUUCUGAUGUUCUUUGGAGGGUUGGGAUACUUGCUCGGACCGCCAUUCGUAGGCUGGUUCUAUGACUGGACUCAAUCCUACGACGUGCCGUUUUAUGUCAGCGGAGGCUGUGUGGUCCUGGGGGGGCUUUUCCUCUUUCUCUCCGCUCUGCCCUGCUGGGAAAGGAAGAUGACCGAAGAUCACAGCAUGCCUGAAAUCCAGUACACCAUCGACUGUCACAAAGUAGCCUCUGUAGCAUGAAUCCCAGUCGGUUACCUGUUGAACUGUACCUUGAGAUCAGCUGCCUUUCUGCUUUUCUUUGGGCACAUUUCGUGAGACAAGUUUGAUUCAGUCUUUUCUUUUACAAAAAUUUUACAAUUUUAAAAGAAAUAGUUCUCAAUACAUUUGAAUUGAUAAAUAUUUAUAUAUUGAAUAUUGAGAAAAAUAUUCCUCAUCUUGAAUUGUUAUAAUCCGUGCAAGAGACUGGAGUUUUCAGUAUUAUAUAUUAUACUAGCCUGGUUCAAGAGGCUCCAAUAUAACAGGACUGUUUGGAUAGGCUUUAACUGUUUGAAUAGGCUUAACAUCACUGUACCAUUGGCAUCCUCUGACAUUGACAUAAAUGGAUGUGGCCUUUUUUCUGGUAAUGAAGUUGAGGGUUCAGUAGUGAUACAAGACAAGAGUCUCACUUUGGCUUACUGGUAAUUUGGUAUUACAUAGUAAUUUUCUUGCAUCAGAAUCAACAAAGAAAAACAUGCCCAUUCAAUGCUAUGUACUUGAAUGAGACACUCAUGAAUAACCUAAAAACCUGCACAUUAUGUUGUUAAUAACAUAAUUUAAUGACAAAAUUUUGAUCUAGUGUGGAUCUUUGUCAGGUCGAACAAAAAGCGUAUGGUUUAUUUAUUAUUUUUUUUAAUGAUUUUCUGUCUCAAGAAUCUCCAGCACAUGAAUUCAAGUGGAAAAAUAUUGACAGAAACUGAUGAGGGAUUACAUUUUAAUGUAGCCGCACAAUGAGCUGCACAAUGUUAUUUUUCUCCUUUAAUCUUGUUCAUUGGUAGCAUUUUCAGAAGUCCUCUCGCAUUUCAAUGUAUAAUUGCACAAAAUGAAUAAAGCUGCCUUAUUUAAAGAAAUUCAAAACAAGUACUCAAGCAAUCACACAAAAUUGUCAGAUUUUUCUAUUGUUAGUUUAACGAUAGCAAUAUGGCCCAUCUUGUUCCUGCACGUCUGUUCUGUGUAGCAUGACAAGUGCUUGUUGUUGAAAUCCAUGAAGCUGGGCCUGUUAUUUCUGGUGUGGUUUAUUUAUUUUUGAUAAGCUGAUAGUUCCCACUUUGCAUGUGUGGUGCUUGGUUUAUCUUGGUUUAUCUGAAGAUGUUUUUGUUUUGCUUCGAACAAAUGCUGAAAUGUGACUUGAUUCCAAGUAUUGAGUGUCUGUACUUGAGAUGGUUACAGACUUGAGUGUAAAUUAAAAAUGUAGAAGCUGAUUUAUACUAUACUACAAAAAAAUCCUGAAACACAGUAGAUGCUGUCAGAAUGUGUUUUCAAACCACUUCAUUGUCUUAAACUUGCCACUAAAGUAAACAAUCACUUCUUAAAUUAGCUACAAUGCUCAUUUACUUAAUGUGUCUUAGUAUGUAUUAAAUAUUGAAGAACUAAAUAUUGAAGAACAUAAUGAAGCCAUUAUGGUCUUUCUCAUCAGUUAAACAUAACUUUUUUUUUCUUUUUUUUUUAAGCAGAUUACAUUGUACAUUAUUGCUUACAUGGCACAAGGUAAUAGCCUGUUUUAAUGUUAUGCUAAUGUUCCAAGUUUAAUUCAUAUCUCCCCUGUAAAUCUGUGUCACCUCCCCAGAAUGAGUGUGCCUCAAAAUAUUCAUCCUCUCAAGACCAUUUUAUGGCCCUUAUUGUAUGUUGGUGCUGAUCGUGGUGCAGUGUAGAUGGAAGCAAUCCCUCCUCCCAAUUAUCCAAUUCCCCACGUGAGAAUGCAGUAAAGGGAACUUUGUAUAUAUAUAUAUACUGAGCUACACUUGUUGAUCCAGAAGAAGACCAUGUGGUCAAAUUGUUAUUUGUUGUUACUUUUCUAGUCACUUUGAAUAAAGGCUUUUUAAUGUUUCUACACAA